AUGGCCGUCAACUCUACCAUCUCGAUUCCUCCUAAGGAACUCCAAUCUGCAAUUGACAACGCCCUUGAGAAAGUGGCUAAGCAGCUGCGUGAACUGAACCAUUACAUUUGGUCUAAUCCAGAACUGGCAUAUGAAGAGCACAAGGCCCAUGAUGCCAUCUGCGACUUCCUUGAAAGCCAAGGAUUCACAGUUACCCGGCAUGCCUACGGAGUAGAUACAUCGUUCGAAUGUAUCAGUGGCACUGAAGGCCGACUGAUUAACUUCAACGCUGAAUACGAUGCGUUGCCUGACAUCGGCCAUGCCUGUGGGCACAACCUUAUCGCCACCAGCAGUAUUGCAGCCUUUUUGGCACUGACCCAUCUGCAGAAGGAGUAUGGAGUCAAAGGCAGAAUCCAACUACUUGGCACCCCCGCAGAGGAGAAUGGUGGAGGCAAGGCUAAAUUGAUUGAUGCUGGGGCUUAUAAAGGGGUUGAUAUCUCUUUGAUGUCACAUGGUGGACCAUCGAACUUGAACUUAGUCGGACUCCCUGGCGACGGAGUUGCAGGCGUCCUGAUGAAUGCCCGGAAGGAGCUACAUGUGGAAUUUUUUGGCAAAAAUGCCCAUGCCGGAGGUAAUCCUUGGGAUGGUGUCAAUGCAUUGGACGCACUGAUUCAGGCAUACAACGGAAUCUCUACCCUGAGACAGCAUAUCCUACCAGAUGAGCGAAUUCACGGUGCCUUCCUGGAUGUGCCAAAGGUCGCCAAUGUGAUUCCAGCUUAUACAAAGUCCUACUGGGUAGUUCGAAGCCCAACUUUGCAGGGACUCGAAAAGCUUGUCGCGAAGGUCCGACAGUGUAUAGAGGGUGCCGGUAUCACGGCUGGAUGUACAGUCAAGAUUGAAGAGGAGGCACUUUAUACCGAUAUCGUGCUGAACGAGACCUUGUGCGAGCGGUUCGCAGGCCACAUGGCAGGUUAUGGAAAGGAAAUCGUUCGGAAGUGCGACAAGAUCCUGACUGGAUCAUCCGAUGUUGGGAAUGUAAGCUACGUAUCGCCAACACUUCAUUCCAUGUUCGCUAUCCCGACACCAGAGGGCUCUUACCCCCAUCACCCGAGCUUUACAGCUUGCGCUGGAACGGACGAAGCCCACGAGCAAGCCAUCUUGACUGGCAAGGGACUCGCUCUUACGGGCUUGGAUAUGUUGAUAGAUGAUACUCUUUUUGAGUCGGCUAAGGCUCAGUGGGAGGGACAGGUGCCUGCGCCCACUAAUUAG